AUGUCGUCUAUAACGCUUGAUUUCGCUAACCAUGGACGUGUUGCUCAAUUGGCUCGCACACAUUGGCUUCCUUCAUCUGAUUCGGAUCAACUACAGAAACAGAAGAAACCUUUUGAUCCAGAUGUUGUCAAUUAUAUUUAUCAGGAAGACCUCAUUAGCUUUGCUUUUUCGCAUCGUCGUUGUAUGUCUUUAGAAUUGGCUCAAUAUCUCGAGUAUUGGUUAUGGCCACAUUUUGAUGAAACAAGUUCUCGUGAACAUAUCAUUUCCAUUUGCGCAAUGGUUAAUCAGAAGGCACGUGAAAGGGUUCCGCUAUGGCAGUGUUUUCUGGACAGACCAGAUCAGUUCGGUCUACUGAUCUAUCGAGUUAUUGAAAUGAUCAUUGAUGACCCGAUUGAUCCAAGUUUUCUCAAGCCCGAGAGCAACUCCGAAUCAAAACAAAAGUGCGAAGAACAAAAGAAAUGCCUUACAGAGCACAUUGUUUUAAUCACGUUCCUAUCUCAUUGUUUCACCAAUUUGGCAGAGGUCGGAGUUUUGCGACGUUGUUUGAAGGACAUAUAUUGUCUAGCUGUUUGGCGUCAUUUACAACCAGAGAGACUGGAGAAGGAACUUUCCAAUGCCCCACCCCGCUAUCGCAAGCUCCUCAAAAAGCUCGAGAAAAGCGUUGCCUCCUUACAACCUAAAGAAUUCGAAAGACUUAUUAAACAACGUGCAUUUGUAGCCAAUUUCAUUGAUAAGUUCCUGGUUACAAUUGAGCAGUUACCCGGCCCCAAGGAUUUGGAUCCAAUACUUGCCCACUAUCUUCAUAGAAGUUUACUCUUGUUAAUUGACUUGUCAAGCUUGCUUUUAACGAGACGUUUUCUGAUGAUUUUAAUGGAUGAUCGUCACACGGUCAUUCGCUGUCAAAGCUGUGCACUUUAUCAACCGGAGGGGAAGAGUGAAGGUUCUCUGUUCUCUGAACUUGUUGAUAUCUACGCCUUUUAUGCCCAAUUUCAGGUGGAUUCCACUACGGGUGAAGCUGUGGAUGCGAAACAACUGGAUCAGAGGCACUGUGCACAGAUGAAUAAGCUUCAAUUGGCCGUAUUUUCGGAGAGUCGUGAGGGUAUAUUUCGUGAUUUUGCAGUGUCGAACCCAGCCGCCUAUGAGACUAAGGAGAAGUUGACAGAUUUCUUGAGACAGUUAUCGACUGAUCAGCUUGUAAAACUUGCCGCAAAGUUCCAAUAUUUGCCCUUGGAGAGGGAAGAUGGUCUUUCCGGGCCUGCUGCAAAGAAGAGAAAGACUGAUGAGGAACCCACUCUUCCCUCUUUUCCGCCUAUAUUCUCGGACAAUCUCUUCAACAAGGACAUGGUUAUCAAGCUCCUCACCUACCACUUUGCGAUUCGUCAGUCCCAUCUCUCUGAGAUGAACAGCGCACCCCUCUACCCUACGGAAGAUCUCCUCUGGAAUGAACAUCUAGUUCCAAAUGAAUUCUUCUCCGGAGAUGAGUGUUUAGCUCUUCCAAAACUUGGUUUGCAAUUCCUUACCCUCCAAGACUACCUCAUGCGCAAUUUCACCCUCUUCCGUCUGGAGUCGACUUUUGAAAUUCGCAAGGAUCUGGAGGACGCAAUCAGUCGGAUGAAGCCAUGGUGUGGUGAGCAGGGUCAAGUUGUAUUUGACGGUUGGUCGCGUAUGGCACUGCCCAUUCAGAGCUUCAACAUUGUCGAAGUGGGCAAACCGGCGCUGGGCGCUAAACAACCAUCGCGCGUUCGUGCUGACGUGCGUGUGGUACUUGCUGGACUUCGAGAGGAUAUUCAAAAAGAGUGGCAGGGUAUUCGCCGUCACGAUCCUCUCUUUCUUGUCACUGUGCAGCCAAAGAGUAAUCAACGUAAUUGGAGGUACAAUCCAAGGCAGCCUUUUCUUUCUCAAAUUGGAAUUUUGGCAGUCCGAGGUUGCGAAAUUGAAGGCCAAGUAGACAAAGCCGGAAAGCUGAUUCCCGACGAGGAACGAUUUGGUCUAGUCCCAGGAAAAGAGUCUUUUGAUGUUGCUGCAACUGCUCCAACGUGGCGAAUCAGUCUGGACGCUUGUCAGUACCAGCAGGAUAUAACACGUCUUCGUGAUGAGAAGAACCGUGGCAAGGCGAUUCGUGUACAAAUCGCUCGGGCGAAACGGGAGGGCAGAUCGAAGGAUUACAUCGAAGAACUGGAAAAGAAAGCAUUUGAGGCGGAAGCUGCUUCUCCGGAGGACAUCUACGACACUUUCAAUGUCCUGGUACGCAGAAAACCGAAGGAGAACAACUUUAAAGCGGUUCUGGACACAAUUCGAGAUUUGAUGAACACGCGUUCAGUUGUACCUGACUGGCUUCUGGAUCUUUUGAUGGGUUAUUUGGAUCCAGCUGCUGCACAUUUCUCGCGUCGACCAGAUUUCUAUGAGCCUCGACAAAAUUGGUUUGAUACCUUCCUCUCCGCUGAACAUGUUAGAAAGGCAUUUCCGCAGUACAACGUCAAGUUUGUUGAUGCGCGAUAUAAGUCGCAGGAGGAAGGGAGGACUUCUGAAGAAGUUGGUGCUUCUGAUCCUCCCCCUCCAUACCGCAUAACCUUCCCACCGCUUGAAGAAGACCCCACAGUCCUCGUCGAAGCUUGCUUGGCAGAUACCGCGAACCCCAAACCACAUCCCUCCGAAGAGUCGACGAUAUCUCCCAACUCCAAACCGCUCUUAACAGUCGAAUCAUUCACUCCCGUGGGUAGUCAAGUCCCUUGGAACCUUCUCACUGUGGAUUGUCCCACUUGGCUUCCUGGCUCCACGUCGACAGGCGUGAAACCCGGCAACCGCAUCGCUUUCACAUCGCGUCAAAUAGAGGCGAUUCGUGCGGGCAUGCAACCAGGUCUCACUAUGAUUGUGGGUCCACCUGGUACUGGUAAAACGGAUAUUGCCGUACAAACCAUCCACAACCUCUAUCAUAACUAUCCUGGUCAGAGAAUCCUAGUAGUGACCCAUUCUAAUCAGGCCUUGAAUCAGCUAUUCGAGAAGAUUAUUGGUCUGGAUAUUGAUGAACGCCACCUACUUCGUCUGGGUCAUGGUGAAGAAGCCCUAGCAACUUCGAAAGACUUCUCCCGUUAUGGUCGAGUGGAUUUCAUCCUCUCCAAGCGUAUUGAGUACUUGCAGAAGGUUGUGCUUCUUCGCAAGAGUUUGGAGAUUGAACAGAGCGAAGAUGCAGCCGCAGAAUCGAAACUUCUAGUCAAGGAAGUAGAUGAGAAUGCUCACCAGUUGUUCACUUGUGAAACCGCGCAGUACUUCCUGCUUCAAGAAGUCCUUCCUCGCUGGGAGAAGUUCAUCACAGAGGCUGCAAAGCUACUUAAAGGUGGUGAAGGUGGUGAAAUAUUGGCCAAUGAAUCCGCCCCGUCGGAUUUUGUGGCAAAUAACUUCCCCUUUAAUUCAUUCAUCACGGGUUUUACUAAUCCACCAAAGGAUCUUAUCAAACGCAUCUUUCCUGGUAGCAACUUAACCGAGGAUCUCGCGAUAGCACGCUCCUCCUUCCGUGCCAUAUCAGCAAUUUUCAACACUCUGGAGGAGUUUCGCGCCUUUGAACUAAUGCGUACGGGUUUAGAGCGAGCUAAUUUCCUACUGACUCAAGAAGCCAAAAUAGUAGCCAUGACGUGUACUCACGCGGCUCUCAAACGUCGUGAUCUAGUCCAACUCGGUUUCACCUACGAUACUAUAAUCAUGGAGGAAGCCGCGCAAAUUCUGGAGAUUGAGACCUUCAUUCCUCUACUCCUUCAAAACCCCGAUAUCUCCGGAUGCAAUCGCCUCAAGCGUUGGAUUAUGAUCGGCGAUCACAACCAACUCCCUCCAGUUGUCAAGAACCAGGCUUUUAAUAAUUUCUCCAAUAUGGGCCAAUCACUAUUUACUCGAAUGGUGAAGUUGGGUGUACCGACUAUUGAGUUGGAUGCACAGGGUCGUACUCGCCCAUCCAUUGCGCGACUGUAUAGCUGGCGGUAUGAGCGUCUUGCGGAUAUCGAACAUGUCGUCUCGAGGCAGGAAUACAAUCUUUGCAAUCCUGGUUUCAGAUAUGAAUGCCAGAUCGUCAAUGUGGAGGACUAUAAGGGUGUUGGAGAAUCAGAACCAAGUCCGUUCUUUUAUCAGAACUUGGCUGAGGCGGAAUACGUUGUGGCAACUUACAUGUACAUGCGAAUUCUCGGUUACCCUGCUGACCGAAUUACAAUCCUCACUACAUACAACGGUCAGAAACAUCUCAUUCGUGAUGUAAUCAACGCUAGAUGUGCUUCUAAUCCGCUUUUCGGAAAGCCCAAAUCUGUUACAACUGUGGAUAGGUUCCAGGGUCAACAAAACGACUACAUAUUGGCUUCCUUGGUUAGGACUCACACCGUAGGCCAUCUUCGAGAUGUGCGUCGUUUAGUUGUUGCAUUAUCUCGUGCCCGAUUAGGUCUCUACAUCUUUGGACGCGUUGAUCAGUUCGCCAACUGUCAGGAGCUUCGUCCAGCGUUUGACCGUCUUAUCGGUCGUCAUGGUCUUGGGCCGGAUGGGGAGAUCAGGCCCACUAGAUUUCAUCUCACUCCUUGGGAAACGUGGAAAGAUCCUAGGAGCCCUGCUUCUGCUGAUCUACGUCCUAUGAAGGCGAAGCUGACGCAAGAGCCGAUCGUUAUUGACGAUAUGCCAACAAUGGCUACUUAUGUCAGUAAACUCUAUGAGGAACGUGUGAAGGAGAUGGUUGCCCGUUAUAAUGCAAUGAAGGGGGUUCGUAAGUCUAUUGCUCCACGAAUUGUCCAGAAGGAGGUUGCGCUUGCUGAACCUGCUGAGGGUAAAUCAGAACCUGAAAAAAUCGUGCCAAUUGCGAAGAUGGAUAUAGACGAAGAAAAAGAGGGAGAUUCAAGCUCAUCGGAGGAAGAGGGAGCUCAACAGGAUCCUAUUUCUACAGAAGUUUCAGAAAGCACCGUUCCACCGAUGCUGCAUUUUGAAGUUAAAACUGAAGGGCAAGAAGAAAAAGAGGAUGGUGACGGAAAAUGA